AUGCUUAUAAGCGGGAUAAGCUCAAUAUGUGCAGUCAUUCUUUAUGUGCUGACACUGGGCUAUCAAGCUCAUGCGAUCGAGCUCGAUAUCAAUAAUGAACAAUCGAUCAAAGAUGCCGCUAAGACCGCUACCCAGGGGAUGAUGGUCUGGUAUCACGGCAGCGAGCCCGGACAAAUCCCUGGAGCUUUCCCCUCAAAGUGGUGGGAAGGAUCCGCUUUGUUCUAUGCGCUUCUCAACUACUGGCACUUCACUGGCGACACCACCUACAAUGACCAACUGAGCCUGGGGCUACAAUGGCAGUCGGGCACGAAUGGAGACUACCUUCCCAGUAACUAUAGUCAUUUCCUGGGAAACGACGACCAAGUGUUCUGGGGCCUUGCAGCGAUGACAGCUGCCGAAUUAAAGUUCCCCGAUGUUUCGAACGGAUUCUCGUGGCUUUCGCUAGCGCAAGGCGUUUUCAACUCACAAAAAGGUCGAUGGGAGACGAGCAUGUGCGGCGGAGGUUUGACUUGGCAGAUGUUCCCAUACCAGGGAACUGGAUAUACCAUGAAGAACGCUAUUUCGAACGGCGGCUUCUUCCAACUUGCUGCACGACUUGCCCGAUAUACCGAGAACCAGGAGUAUAAGGACUGGGCGAACAAAAUCUGGGAUUGGUCGGUCAAUACGCCUCUAGUGAACAAUAAGACUUGGGUUGUACAGGACUCGACCGAGGGUACAGAGAACUGCAAAGAUGGAGCUAAUAUCCCUUGGACAUACAACUAUGGCACGUAUCUAAUGGGUGCUGCUUAUAUGUAUAACUCCACCGAAGAUUCCAAAUGGCUCGACGCAACUAACGGCCUCCUAAACAUGACCUUGCAAACCUUCUUCCAAAAAGAAAGCGGCUACGUAAUGGAAGACAUAACCUGCGAACCGCGCGAAAUCUGCAACAACAACGAAGUCCUCUUCAAAGGCCUCCUCUCAACCUGGCUCUCCUACGUCGCCCUCGUCGUCCCAAAAACCUACGACCUGAUCAUGCCAAAACUGCAAACCUCCGCCAUCGCAGCCGCAAAGUCCUGCACAGGCAAUAACAACAACACCUGCGGUGUGCAGUGGUAUAAAUCGCAAUGGGACGGAUGGACAGGAAUGGAAGAACAGAUCAGCGUUAGUCAAGUGUUCAGUGCGAACUUGUUGCCGUUUGUCGCGGAGAAAGCUGCUGUGGCGCCGGUUACGUCGAACACUGGCGGGAAUAGUUCGAGUAAUCCGAAUGCGGGACUGGAUAGUAAUAAGGAGGGUGAUACUCCGAAGCCGAUUACGACGGGGGAUAAGGCGGGUGCUGGGAUUUUGACUUUGGUGCUUGUUGGAUUUUGGGCUGCGUUGAUGGCUUUUGCGAUUAUGGGAUCGUCGGGGGUUUGA